AUGGCUCUGUCAGCUAACAAGUUCACUGUUGCGCUCCGCAUUGCGAGUAGGCGCUACCCCGCAUUGAUAGCUGUACCGACUUCAAGAAUAAGGAUAGGAUGCAAGCAUGUCAGAUGCUUCUCCCAUUCGCCACAAUGGCAGAUGAGAACCAAGGAGCUGAACGAUGAUUCGAUGAAGGAUCUGAAAGUCAAUCAGGCGAGGUUGAUGGAAGACAUACACCAUACAUGUCAAUGGGGUAUAGGCGAGCCUUGGGGCGAGAAGUCAACGGAGACGGGCAUGAGUCGACUGGCGCUCUCUGAUGCCGACAAAGCCGCACGUGACUGGUUCGCAGAGACCACAAAGUCGCUCGGCUGUGAAGUCACUGUUGAUGCCAUGGGAAAUCAGUUCGCCGUUCGUCCUGGACUAAGAAAUGACAAGCCGCCUACAUUUGUUGGAAGUCACCUAGACACACAGCCUACUGGUGGGCGAUAUGAUGGGAUUCUGGGAGUCACUGCUGGUGUGGAAAUGCUCAGAGUGCUCUCCGACAACUGGACAGAGACUGAAUACCCUGUCGGAGUAGUCAACUGGACCAAUGAGGAGGGCGCUCGGUUUCCAAUGUCGAUGGUCUCUAGCGGAGUUUGGGCAGGGUCAAUCCCUCUUGGAACGGCACAUAAUCUCCGCGAAGUUCACCCUGGAGCUGCAACCAUGAAGUCUGAACUUGAGCGAAUUGGUUACCUAGGAAGUACGCCAGCGAGCUACAAGUCCAUGCCCAUGGCGGCGCACUUUGAGUUGCAUAUCGAGCAGGGUCCCUUGUUGGAGAUGGCAAACAAAAAGAUCGGAGUUGUCACUGGAGUUCAAGCUUACAAAUGGAUGACAAUCAAGGUCAAGGGACGAGACUCGCACACUGGAACCACGGAUCUCAAGUCACGGGCUGAUGCUCUACUAACAGCAAGCAAGAUGAUUUUACAUUCCCAUCGCCUCGCAACCGCCAACUCUGCGUUAGCAUCCACCGGUAUACUCAACCUUAAACCUGGCUCGACAAAUACAGUACCUGGAGAUGUGUCAUUCAGUCUCGACAUCAGAUCACCAAACGACGAGACGGUUGCAAAGAUGAAAGAGCUAGUUUUGCGCGACUUCCCCAAGAUAGCUGCAGGUGAAGACGUUGAGGGCUCGAACCACGGCUGCACAGGCGGUCUUCCACUUACUGUUGAGAUAAUCGAGGAUUUUGAUAGCCCAGCAACAACGUUUCACGCAGAUUGUAUCACCUCUGUCAGCCAAUCUGCGCGUAGCAUCCUCGGUCCCAAUCAGUCUAUGGAGAUGACGUCUGGCGCUGGACACGAUAGCGUCUACGCAAUACACGGCGAUGUCUUCAAGAGGUCUAUUGCGACAUGCGGCUUCGUUCGCGGCAACUCAGCACUACCUAUCACAUGUGCAGAGGACUAUGCCUGCAUCACUACACAGAACCUACAACUCGGCUUUGCAUGCUGCAACAAUGUCGAGUGUCUCGAUGAUUGGGCUACAUGCCGGCCAUAUGGUCAGACCGACUGUAUGGGUGUAGCCCUACCAGAGGAUACCUGCUCUUCCAUAUACGGCUCGAUCCUUCAAUGCUCACAGCAAGCACAGCAGUGCUUCCGUUAUGCUCGCAGCUCUGUACUCGGAGCAAAGGAAACAUUCUAUUCGUGGGCAUGCGGAACAGCUUCAGAUGACAUCCUCGUGCUUGCGACUGUUACAGAUGGCACUUUUCAAACACUGGAAUCUGACACUACGGGACUUGAUGACCUUUUUCGUUCAAUCACCAGCGGUUCCGGGGCAACUACUGCACCCAACGGCCCUUCGGUCGCUGUCGCCAACAGUAGUCCACUCAGUACAACUGCGAUUGCUCUCAUAUCAGUGGCCGCUGCCGUUGUUCUCAUCAUUGCUCUGCUGGUCGGAUACUGCUGUUGCUGGAAAAGGUUUUUCAAGCAGCACCAGCGGGACAAAGAAAUCGUUCAACAAACCAGGCCUCAACAGAUGCCAUACCAGCCAACUGUCACAAGUGGCCCCCGUUCUGAGUACAUACCCUCUUGGAGUAGCAGAACCCCUCUCGGAGCGAAUCCGGACGCGCCACCAUCUGUCGCUGCUAGUGAUUAUUCUGGUGUCACUGCAAGUGACAUGGCGAGGCCAAUGGCGACACUGCACGAACAGCACAGCGGCUAUGGAUACAGGUCUUAUUGA